UUGAUUGAUUCUCUGGGAGAGAGAAAAAGUUUGGUAAUUUUUUACUCACCGACCUGAAAAGUCCAGUCCCCCACACCUUGACCUGGUCAUGGAUCCCAAGAAGAACCCAAAUUUCUUAAACGCAUCACCACAUCAUCAGAACAACGACAAGAAGAGGAAACAAACAGUUGUUAAAGGUUUCGACAUUGUGGUCGGCGACAAAGAACUGAAGACGAAGACGAAGGAGAAGGAAGAGGAAGAACGGAAUCAGCUUCUUAUUGAGCAGGAGAAGAAGAAGAAGAAACCAAACAAAGAUCGACACCUUAAAGUUGAAGGAAGAGGUCGAAGAGUUAGGUUACCUCUACUAUGUGCAGCCAGGAUUUAUCAGUUGACUAAAGAGUUAGGUCUCAAAUCGGACGGCGAGACUAUUGAAUGGUUGCUUCAACAAGCUGAGCCAUCUAUAAUCUCUGCUACUGGAAAUGGAAUCAAACCCAUUGGAGCCACCACUGAUUCUGUUGUUGUUUCUCAACCUCGUCCUCUUCUCACGGCGGAUCUGAUGGUGGGUCAUAACACACAAGGAGGAGCUCCAACUCCAAGGUCUCAAAUGGCGGCAAAUGGGUUGUUGUGGUGGAUGAAUGAAACAGGGCAAAACACCACUGAAAGGGUGUUUGAUUUGAACUGCGGUAUCGAGUUUGGUUUCAAAGGUGUUUCAGAGAUGGGUUUAGGAAACAAUCAAAGGCCUGGACUUGAAUUAGCGUUGUCUCAAGACAGUGGGAAUGUUGGGGCCUUGGGGGUUUAUCAGCAAAUGGGUCAAGAAUAGUCUAGGGUUCAUCUUCAUGAAGAUCAGCAACAGAGAGCAGAGAAAAAUGGUUCUUAAAGCUCAAACCUUUAAUGGCUUGUUACUUAGAUUUGCAUUGCAUAUAUACAUUUAGUGACUAGUGAGAAUGUGAUAUAAUGCUUUUGCUGAAAUCUCAAACCUUAAUGGCUUUUACUUAGAUGUUGGAUUUGCGUAUAUAAUAUAUAGUGAGACUACUAAACUGUGCUUUUA